AUGCUUUUCCAGUCUCUCUUCAUCUCUUCCCUUCUGACCAGCGCCACCGCUGUGUAUCUUCCCCAAGUCCAGCAGAAGCAUAUUGGGAAAGAUAGCUGCGACUGCUCUGGAGACAAUGUGCGGUACGACGCAUCACAGACAAAGAACUACAUCUGUGGUGACAAGCGUCUCGGGCCCAGUCGCCUACCCAAGAAGCUUCCCCUCGGAACAUAUGUUACUGGGUACGACCGUUUCGGUGGCCUGUCUCCAAAUGAAUUCCUCGGAAAGUGGUGGAACACCACGGAGCGAGAGGACUGGAAGGGUGAGAUGAGUGAAGCUGGCUGGAUCUACCCAGAGAAGUACGGUUUCGAGCUAGAUGAGGAGGCCCUUCCCAUCAAGGCUAACGUGGAUCUUCGACCUGGUAUGCUGGUCGACCGCUUCGGUGAGAACACUGGACGCUACAUCUCUCCCGCCACUGCUCCCUUUGCUCAAAGGGCUCUCCACCCCCAGAACCUCGAUACUGGCAAGAACAAGGAGUUUCCCAACAAUUAUCACGUCUACAAGGUGAUGAGAACAUUCACCGUCCAGGCUGGCCCCAUCAGGCCCUGGUUUGGUCAGCCAGGCUUUGGAGUUCAGUUUUUCCUCGGCAAUGGCAUCAAUGUGAACGAUUAUCUGGUUAAUGGACAUUUGAAGGAGGUCGGUGCAUCUGAGCUUGUGAGAGAUGCGCCAGACUGUGGCUACGAUGACGAAGACGACGAGGACUCUGAGUCAAACGAUCUUUAA